AUGAAGACCAAAGCCAAACGCGUCGAGCCUGCGAAGGCGCAGAAACCGUACACCGACUCUAAAAGACCCCGACAACGUACUGCUAAGACUCAGAAAUCUGCGGCGCCCUCUAGCUCGCCCGCAGCGUCAGCAUCGUCGGGACUCUCUUCCACGCAGGAAGCGCCUGCCCCGGGAGCCGUGGAAUUCCGCAAGCUAUGCGUCGAGAAAGUCUGCAAAAAAUACCCUGGUCUUGAGCCUCGCUGCGACUUCGAUCUUCUACAACUGUCGAUCAAAAAGUUCAAGGGCAAUCACGCAGAGAUAUACGCGGAACUGGAUAAAGACCUCGCGAUGAACGUCGGAGCCGUCGGGUACGAUGUCGUCUGCGAGCAAACCGCAAAGCUCUUGGGCACGCAUGUCGAGCCUACUGGGAUCAAACCUGGAAAGUCAGUCUACCUCGACGACAACAAGUUCGUCUUUGUACGGCCAAUCCCCGACUCCGAAUACUCUCUGCGACUGUUUCCCGGCUCGCUAUCCGCCGCCGAGUACUGCUUGGACUUCGUGGACGCCGCCGGCAAUCCCGUCAAUUCGCCGUUCAAAUUCGAGCUCUGGGGCGUACCCGACCCGGAUGCGCCAUGGCUUUCAAUGCCGAUAACUGGGAAGAUGCGGUCGGCCGAGCAUAUAUUCGGCUACAAGCAGAAGGAUAUCACGCCCGGUGCAGAGAAGUUCAUCUUGCGGGACGGGCAGACGUGCGUGUUGGUGCGUCCGGGGAAGCGGCCCCUCCGCUUCACGGUACCAUUGCGGAAGUUCGAAAACGCUGCAGUUGAAGAUGUGGAUGUAGUUGACCUGCCUAGGGUCGUCGGCCCGUGA